AGUAAUUUCAAGAAAAAAAGAGAUAAUCAAAGAUGGGGGGGCGGCGUUGUAUUGCAGUCUCAGCUUUGCUUGUUUUAACGGCGAUGGGGUUUUCCUGCGCAGACCGAUUAAAUAAGUCGGCGGCGGAUGAUUAUUUGCUUGUGGAGGAGGAUACCCAUUUGGACGGCGGCUUCUCUUCCCUUGACGGAAUGUUACAGUGGGCAAUUGGUCAUUCAGAUCCAGCAAAGUUAAAAGAAACUACAUUAAACGUUCAGCGCCUUUCCCCCGAAGAGCUGAAGCAACGUCAGAUGGAAAUCAAGGAACUGGAGAAAUUACAGAUGCCAUCAGAUGCCAAAUUGAUGACAGUUGCAAUAAAUGAUUUGAAUAAUUUAUCUCUAUCUUUAGAGGACCGCCGUCGCGCAUUACAGGAGCUCCUUGUACUUGUUGAGCCGAUAGAAAAUGCAAAUGAUUUACACAAACUUGGAGGGCUAACUGCAGUGAUAAAGGAACUUAACAAUCCAAACCCCGAAAUAAGAAUUAUAUCUGCUUGGAUUCUUGGCAAAGCCAGCCAAAACAAUCCUUUUGUUCAAAACCAGAUUUUGGAGCUUGGGGUACUAGCAAAAUUAAUGGAGAUGGCACACUCUGAUUUUGUUGAAGAAGCGACAAAAUCAUUAUACGCAAUUUCAGCCUUGAUUAGAAAUUAUCCUGAGGGACAAGAUUUAUUCUAUAUGGAAGCUGGAGACUUGAUGCUUCAGAAAAUUCUGAGUAACUCAAGCAUUGAUAUCAGAUUACACCGGAAAUGUGUGUUUCUCUUGUCAGAUCUGGUCGAGUUUCAGUUGGAUGGCACAAGUAACAGGGAACUGCCUUUCUUAAGAAAUCAGCACUUGUUAAAAUCUGUGAUUGGUCUACUUUUGUCGCCAGACCUUGAUCUACAGGAAAAGGCCCUCUAUGCAGUGAAGAACUUAUUGAUGCUGAGAUCGAGUGAUGCUCUUGUCUUUAAGGACGUCUGUGAAUUGGAUUUGGCAUUAUCGAGAAUGAGGCAACAGUUGCAGCAAUUGAUUCUUGAAGACAAAUUUAACGACUACGCUAUUGACGUAGAAAAUCUACGCAGAGAAGUUGAGCUCAUUUUCCGUGGAAAGCUAGAUAUGACACAGGUUAUACCAGCUUUGACGUGAUGAACGGCUUGAUGCUCCGAUGGUGCUUCAGUUCUUUGGCCUUUUUUUAUAUGUUAAUUUGUCGUGAGUUAUUAUGAGUUUAGAGCUUUAUGAGCAUUUUCACAAUACAUAACUUGUCAAAAAAAUGUCAUGAAUUACAGCUUGUUAUGAAAUCGGAGAGGAUUCACAA